CAUGCUGCCCGCGCUCAACUGCUGGUGGUGGGCACGCAGAUCGAAGGCGUCUGCUUUGCUUCGUCUUCGUCUUUGCCGUCUCAGCGACGGACAGCCAAGAAACAAGAAAGAGGAAAGCGGGGGCAAGCAGAUUAGUCUCCUCCUCCUCCUCCCCCUCUCCCUCCCGGCAGCGGCAAGAAGGAGCUCACAAGUCUCGAGCCAGUCAACCGAUAUCAACAGCCCAGACGUAGGAGGUGGAUCUGAUCGAUCGCCCGCCGCGCCGCCCAAGGAGCUCUGAUCGAUUCAUGUCAAGAUAUGCUGCAGCGGGCGGCGAGCAACGCCUACUCGUGGUGGUGGGCGAGCCACAUCCGCACCACCCAGUCCAAAUGGCUCGACGCAAACCUCCAGGAUAUGGAGAAUCGAGUCAAGAUCAUGCUUAAACUCCUCGGGCAGGAGGCCGAUUCUUUCGGCAAGAGGGCCGAGAUGUACUACCGCACAAGACCGGAGGUGAUAAGCCAUGUGGAGCAAGUCUACAGGGCCUACAGAGCCCUCGUUGAACGCUAUGACCACAUAUCCAAGGAGCUCCAUAAGGCCAACCACACUAUUGCUACUGCAUGUCCAGAGGAGGUGCAAUAUGCAAUGUUGCAAGAGGAGGAUGAGGAUGGUGACCUCCCCAAAGCAAUCACACCAAUCAACUCGAACAAGAAACACAAGUCCACGGUUGAAGAAAUUCUCAACAGAAAGAGACAAGGUCCAUCAGGCCAGAACAAGCUAGCCUCUGCUCCACACAUGACCACAGAGGAGGCACAAGAGGAGAUCAGCAGACUUCAGAAGGCUAUACUUGUCCUGCAAACCGAGAAAGAAUAUGUUAAGAGUUCUUAUGAGAGUGGUAUUGCUAGGUACUGGGAGAUCGAGAAGCAGAUUGCAGAUACGCAGGAGGAAAUUUGUCUCAUUCAAGACAAAUUCAACGCUCAUGCAGCCAUUCACGAUGAUGAAGCCCGUGCCUUGAUGACAAUAGCAGCUCUUAGAUCUUGUCAGGGUACGAUAUCUCGGCUGGUACGUCAUUUUGAGGAGUUGAUUAGGAUUGCAGCCAUGGAGAUGGAAAAAACAAAGUCUCUCCAAGCACAGUUGUAUGCUAUGAAUGGCAACACUGACACAUCUCCAAAAGACACUAGCAGCACUGAAGCGUUGGUGAGCACAAGGGCUUACCCAGUUACCCAGAGAAUACUCGAGUUGCAGCCCAUAUAUGAAAAAAUUGACAAAUUUUUUACCAACGGUUCUGAAUCCUCUGUAGAGGAGAUUGCAGAUAAUGUUGAUGAACUUGUUGAUAAAGUUGUCAACUUGGAGCUCAAGUUCCCGAAACAGUCAGCACAAAUCAAUCAACUGAAACAAGAGAAUGAGAGGCUUAAGAAUAAAUUGGAUGAGUUACAAGACGAGAUGGCACUUCGUGAUGACCAAAGCGACUUAAAUGCACAGCUCAAGCCAUUAGAGGACGAGUUGAAUGGAGCCCAAAUUCUUGAAAGAUCAAUUGUUGAGGAAGAGGUUUCUGUCAGCGUAUGCUUUUCUGAAGUCUUUAGUUGCAUAAUUAAUAUCUCAAAGGCACUUGGAUCUGUUGACCCUGAAGACCUGUAUAAUUUGUCGACUGAUGUAGGAGAUGGUGCAAUGGUUUCAACAGAUAUGAACCUGGAGUACUUUACUGAAGAGAGCAAGAGUGGGGAAUUCAUAGACAUAGAGGCACCAACUCUAAGUGAUCGUUUAGGCCAAGAUAGAGAAGAUGUCUCGGAAGUUGUAAAUGAUAACGGUAAUGAUGGCAUCCAUGGCUCUAAGAAUGGUGAUGGGGAAAAAUUCCCGACAGAAAAUUGCAUUCUAGUCAGAAAUAAAAUGUCCAUGUAUUCUGACAACCAUAUCGAUCAGUUUGUUAGUUCCGGAAAUGAGAAUGGUGUUGAUAACUCAGGCGAGGGCAAUGCAGAUAUCUCAUCGGAAGAAGUAUGCCAGGGUUCGUCAGAAAAUGAGAUUGGAAGUGGAAACUUUGCUCAAGGGAAUAUUUUUAAAGGUGAAUAUCCAUUGAGAAUAAUCAGUCAGACUCAUCUCCUUCACUCAGGUAGUAUAGAUACUUUAGACAAGAAGUAUGACUCUAAUGAACAAGGUUCAUCAACUGAGCAGAUUGGUCCAGUUGCUUCAUCUGACUCAAACACUUUAAAGGAAAAAGAUCCCCUAGAAGAAUCCUCAUUGCAAGAGGCUACUUGUUUCAGUGGUCUGGAUAAGAGCCUGGACUCGCAGCAUACAAAUGAAGCCAGAUCUGUUGAAGAAUUGCCAAACCAAGGUGGUCAUCUUAAUUCUCCACUAAAUAUUGAAAGUUUGAAUAAAUGCAGCCAAGUCGUAGCACCUAAAGGCGAUGGCUGCAUUUUGUUAGGUCAUGUGGAUAGCAUCCAGUAUACAAAGAACAGGAUAAAUGCAGAUGCAUAUUCCUCAGAUGUGAGGGAUGAAACUUCCCUCUGUGUGCCAGCUGGAGAUUCUGAGGAAACUGAAGGAUCACAUCGUCAAGUAUUGGAAGAUCUGACAGAUUCAGAAAAUGUGGCCAGUGACAUUCGCUAUAGUCAGCUAGAGAAGAAGAGUUCAAAUGGCAGAGAGCUUGCAAGCAAAGCAACUACCUCGAGUGACCAUGGAGGAAAGAGUCAUGGUGAAAAGGUUGCUAUGAUGGGAGAAGAAUGUGUACCUAGCUGGCAAGAAUUUCUUCUUGAUGGGCUUGAAGGUAGAGAAGCAAUACUACUAGCUGACUAUACUUCCAUUCUGCGGAACUACAAAGAAACAAAGAGAAGGCUUACUGAACUGGAGAAGAAAAACCAGGAGCAUCUUGAAGAGACAAAAUCGGUUAUACGGGAGUUGAGGAAUGCAAAUUCCAUGAAGUAUGUUGAAAUCCAGUCACUAAGAAAUCUCUUGGACUCCUCAGAGAUGCCACCCAGUAAAGCGGGUAGUAACUUGACCGCUUUCUCAAGUAUGAGAUCUUUCAGGGAAAUUAACAGAUCAAAUUGCACUUUGGAUAGAGAGGUUUCAACUGUGGAGGAAAGCAGUUUUAGCAACAUCGAGGCAGCAGAGAACACAUCAGCAUUUGAAGCAAGGUUCAGAAAUGACAUUGACACUUUGGUGGAGGAAAAUUUGCAGUUCCUGGUAAGGUAUAGCAUGGCUUCCCACCACAUGCAGGAGUUUGACAGAAGAUACCAGGAGGUACAAAAAGAAAUGGAGGACACAGAAGAUAAGAAGACAGGAGAAUCUGAUAUUGCACCAGAGCCUGAACCUGCUGAAAAAAAGUUGAGAGAGCUACGAACUGAACUGGACGUAUGGUUUGAGCAGAAUGCGCUUCUUGAUCAAGAAUUGCAGCUUAAGAGCGCGUCUCUUUGCAGACUGCAAGAGGAGAUAGCCGAAGCUCUGCGUGGUAGCUCGGAGAUGGUUGGAGCCAGGUUUACACCAUAUGAAGCGGCCAAGUUUCAAGGGGAGGUCCUGAACAUGCAGCAAUCCAACAGCAAGAUUGAGAGUGAGCUGCAGGCGGCAUCAGAGCGCAUGAGGGGGCUUCAAGCCAAGGUCAACGAUGCCCUGCACGGGAGUUUUGAGAUUUCAUCCCGGCGUUUGUCGCAGCCAGAGACCGAAAGUAGCCACGAGAAACAGUUCAAGCAUUUUCCAAGUAGGACCAGAGUACCGUUGCGGAACUUCCUGUUUGGAACAAAGCGAAAGAAGAAAUCAAUAUUUGCCUGCAUCAAUCCCACACUCCAGAAGCAGUUUAGCGAUCUCUGAGAUGUGUGAGUUAGUUUGCCCUUUUUUCCAUCUCGAGUUCCAGAAAGUGUCAUUUCAGUAUCGGACAUUAUUUUAUUGCUCGCACUUGCAGUGAAAAAGAUGUUGAGAGAUGCGCGCAUAUGGUAGCAACUAGAAUUUGGCUCACCUCCGGGAGGUUAAAAGAGGAGCUUAUGGGAUGGGAGUAAUUCUUCUUCUUCUUCUUUUUGAAUUCCGAAGACUUUACCAUUACUCUAGAGGUCUAGAGCUCACAGAACACCGGCGACACAUGAACAAUAGUUGUCUCACCGGUGAUCUACUCUGCUGAGUAGUUUUGUUUCUCAGAGUAAAAGAGCAGGCUUUGCUUGAAUUAGCAUGUGUUGUUUGGAAUGGUAAUUUAUUCAUUUAAUUUCGUCUGAUUGAGAAUUUGGAGGACAAACAUGCCAA